UGCAUUUUGUAUACAAACAAACACCUUCCCACCACACAUUCAAAACACACACACACACACACCGACGGAACUCAAUCGGCAGCAAUGGCUUCUCUACUUCACCCAACACUUCCUCUCUGCCGCCGUCACAAUUCGCCGUCGAUAAUAACCACCUCAAUUUCCGCUUCCGGCGAAUUUUCAUCAAUCCGCCGCCGGAGAAACUGUAAUUUGAAGAAAGGAGGUGGCUGCCGGUCAUCUUCAAGUGACGUCACAUUCAUUGAGCCUCCCUGGGCUGCACAGUCCAAAGCAGAACUUAUUGCUUCCCUCAAGAUCAAGUUAUUGAGUGCUGUUUCUGGAUUAAACAGAGGACUCGCUGCGAAUGAAGACGACCUUCGAAAAGCUGACUCCGCAGCAAAAGAACUCGAAGCAGCUGGCGGCACAGUCGAUCUCUCAGCCGACAUUGAUAAGCUACAAGGCCAGUGGAAACUCAUUUACAGCAGUGCUUUCUCGUCUCGUACUCUCGGCGGCAGCCGCCCUGGCCCACCCACCGGAAGACUUCUCCCUAUAACCCUCGGUCAAGUACUCCAAAGGAUUGAUGUCUUUAGCAAUGAUUUCGACAACAUAGUCGAACUCGAAUUGGGUGCACCGUGGCCUUUGCCACCUGUCGAAGUGACUGCCACCUUAGCGCACAAAUUCAAACUCAUAGGAAGUAGUGGAAUAAAGAUAGAGUUCCAGAAAACAACUGUAAAGACAACGGGGAACUUAUCGCAGCUACCUCCACUCGAGAUUCCACAGUUGCCGGAAAAUUUAAGGCCGGCGACUAACAGAGGAAGCGGUGAGUUUGAAGUUACGUAUUUGGAUUCCGAUACACGCGUCACUCGUGGGGAUCGAGGAGAGUUGAGGGUUUUCGUUAUCUGUUAAGUUUUGAUUUUUGUUAUAUUUAUAUGUACAUCGAUUGUACGGAAGUAUACAAUUUUGGAACAUACGAGUUUUUAUGGAACUUGUCUUUCUUCUACACCA